UCUGUCCCCUUUUUAAUACAGCUUUACAUCAGCAGUGGCCUGAGUAUGUUCAGCAGAAGAGGCUACAUCCCAGGUACCACAAUUCUAGACAAUAAGAAUACCAUGGUUGGAAGCAGUGAAAUUGUAGACAGAAACUCACAGAAGUUUGUGAGGGAAAUUUCAUGCAACAAGUGUGAUAUGAUAGCCUUAAGACUGCCACCAAAAGAACAGAAUUUAUAAUAUUACAAAUAGUGCUUUGUUUCGUAAACACAUUACUUUAUUCAGAUGAUGCACACUUGCAACACUCCUUUUCUACUUUAGAACUAAACUUUUAAAUACACAAGUAAAUCUAAAUUGGCUAACUUUUUUAAAUUGAAGUCUGAAAAAGUCAUCUGACAUUUAGGGUUUUAUUUUGUUUUUUAAGGUAACAAUUAUUCCAUCGUGACUAACUCUCCAAAAUUAAUUUUCUCAGAAGUGCAUGUUUUAAAAAUUUCCUUGGCUAGCUGCAUGUGGCAUCUAGUCCACUGCCAAUAUGUCAGAAUCUCUGAUCGUCAUGAGAAUAGAUAAACAAGUGACCCACAGUUUUUUACUUUUCAUUUUCAGAAGAUGAGGACAGAAGCGAUAGAAAGCAACAACACCAAACCUAGUGCUCCUCUGCUGACUCAACGGUACCCAAGGAUGGUCACUAAAGAUGGGCAUAGUACACUCCAGAUGGAUGGUGCCAAAGGAAAAGGAAUUGCAUACUUAAAAGACGCUUGGGGGAUACUAAUGGAUAUGCGCUGGAGAUGGAUGAUGUUGGUAUUUUCAGCUUCUUUUGUCCUCCAUUGGCUUGUUUUUGCAAUUCUCUGGUACUUCUUAGCUGAAAUGAAUGGGGAUCUGGAGAUUGAUCAUGAUGCCCCACCUGAAAACCAUACUAUCUGUGUAAAGUACAUCACUAGCUUUACAGCUGCUUUUUCCUUUUCACUGGAGACACAGCUCACAAUCGGGUAUGGCACAAUGUUCCCAAGUGGAGACUGUCCAAGUGCAAUUGCUCUACUUGCUAUACAAAUGGUACUGGGUUUAAUGCUGGAGGCCUUUAUCACAGGUGCAUUUGUAGCAAAAAUUGCCCGACCAAAGAAUCGAGCUCUAUCCAUCCGGUUCACUUAUCUUGCAGUGGUGACACACAAAGAAGGAAAGCCAUACUUAAUGUUCCAAGUGGCUAAUACUCGCCCAAGUCCACUCACCAGUGUUCGGAUCGCUUCAGUUCUUUAUGAAGAACGUGAAACUGGUCAACUGCAUCAAACUACUGUGGAUUUUCAUCUGGAUAGCAUAACUUCUGAAGAGUGCCCAUUUUUUAUUUUUCCCUUGACAUAUUACCAUUCUAUUACACCAUCAAGUCCUCUAGCCAUUCUUCUACAAACGGAGGCUCAUCAUCACUUUGAGCUAGUAGUCUUUCUUUCAGCCACCCAAGAGGGCACAGGGGAGAUAUGUCAAAGGAGGACAUCCUAUCUCCCGUCAGAGAUUGUAUUACAUCACCAUUUUGCCUCUAUGCUAGCUCGUGGCGCCAAAGGGGAAUAUCAAAUCAAAAUGGAAAAUUUUGAUAAAACCAUCCCAGAACUUCCAGCAACAGACACUAAAAGGUCAAAAAGGACUGAAAUGGAGAUUCGCAUCAAUGGACAGCACAUUGACAGCUUCCAAAUCUGUGAGACACAGAUGACAGACUAAACUGUGACUGUGUGCCACUUUUUAAACACAACAAAAUGCCACUAUCACAUCAAUGCUGUCUUUAUCCUCUCUUAUUUUCUCAUAUUUGUUUUGUUCUAUGAGUACCUUUUACUUUAGAACAAUGUGCAGAACAAAGAGCAUAGUAUCCAUUAUACUGGAUGAGCCACUAGAAUUGCAAAAAAAGUCAGGGACAAAAACCAUUGCACAAAUCCUUAGAAAACAACAACAACAAAAAAACUUCCUGCCAAAUUCAGUGGACUAUGAUUAAACUGCACUGACCUAAAAGAGAAGACUGUUAAAUUCAGAGAGCUGUUCAAGGAAUCUAAUUAAAUGACAUGAGGAUUAAUACUAUGGAAAAAUGAAGGCAACUUUAUUAAAAACAUCUCCUCUAAAAAGAAUGGUCACCUGAAAUUCUCAAGGUCCCAUAGGACCUCAAAUUAACCUUUCCUUGCUAUACAGUUACAACAGAAUAUGCUGAUGCCUAAACAUGCUAUGAAGAAUGUUGCUAGUAUUUUCUGUGGCACUGAAAUUGCAAUCCUGCUGUGCUUGUUUAUUAAGGAAAAUCGCAAGCAUUUGCCAAAUCUCUUUGUUCCAGCAGCUAAGAACAAGUUCAACAUCCCUAGGCAGUUUUGUGAUGAAAAUGAACGAUAAGAAUUUUAAGAUAUAUUGGACUCUAAUACUCUGCAUUGGGACAUUAUCAGACAUCAGGAAACAUCGAUCUGUGUUCAUAAUUCUUCUGUCAUGAAUAAUUCUUCUUUUUCUGUCUUGCAAGGUAAUUCUAUCAGAAAAGCCCGCUAUUUCCCACAAUUAUUUAUCUUUUCAUACUAUGUUCAUUAAGUGCAGAUAAACAUUAGACUUGACAAAAUAAUUGUGCAAACAUGAAAUCUAAUUAUCAGACUUUGAGCAAUAGACCUUAUGCCAACUGAUUCAUGAUUAUUACCAGAACAGUUUAUCAGAACUAAUACUGUUGCUGUUUCUAAGUUUAAAAAAAACAUUUUGUGAAUUUUCAACCUUUUUUCAGCUGGAAAAAUCAGUAACUCCUAUGUAUACACGCAUAAGAAAGACUACAACGCAUCAUCAGAACUUCCAAGUGCUUUUAUGUAAAGGCUGAUUACAAAGAUUCUUCUCAGAAGAACAUGGUAUAGGUUUUAAUAGUUUUACUUUCAAAUGGCUUCAUUUCUAACUUACAGUUAUGAAGAAUUUAGUUUUUUGCUCUUGAACUUGGAUAAAUGUAUUUAUAUGUAUAUACUGGUGUUGCUGUUGAGAUUUGUUUUACUGUUGAGAUUUGUUACCAAUUAUAAAGUCCUUUUUAUGAAGCUUAUUCUUAUUCCCCCAAAACUAAGGAAUGGGUUAUACCUGACAAUUAUGGAAGCUAUGGUCAAUUGGGAACAUGAUAGGGCUCUAGACAAUUAAUUAAUUUCACAAUGAUAUUAGCUGCCAAUUCAAAGCUGCUAAGUUUUUAAAGCAUAUGAGAUCCAAUAUUUUACAAAGGUUAUUAAUGAUAUUCAUGUAUGUAAUCUUAAGCGUAAUCAUACCAUAUUCUCAGGAUGGAUAAAUUGUGUUUUACAACUGAAGAAAAUAGAUGUGAGAGUCAUGACAAACCAUGCUUUAGAAAAAAUAAUCUGGAAUAUCAU